AUGUAGUCACCUGAUCAACUCAGAACCAAGAUGGCCGCCACGUUUGCAAAUGUUUUUCUAUCGGACAUCACCAACUUUUGGAGCGCUUAAAAGUUAGGGAAAACUUCAUCAUCAGGUAACAUUUGGCAGGGAACUGUUGACAAGUAUAUAUAGCAUCGGACUGAGGUAGGAAUGAUGGAAUGGUUGGACCAGAGAUCGCAGAAAUGACUGCCGAUGUCCCGAUUGUUUGUGUGUUGUGUCACCGUUAAAAAACGCAUGCCAGGUCACCGGUCUGAGUCAUCGUCAUCAUCCGUACACUGACAGCUGGUGCGACGGAAGGCGUGUUGUCGUACCCUGCUUCAGAGACAUCUGUGUAACAAGAAGUCUUAGCUGAAUAAAAUUUGAAGAAGUGAGUGGUCUGGACUCUGGAGAAAAUGGCUGGUCACUUCAGAAGUUACGUGUGGGACCCGACCCUCAUCAUGCUACAGAUCAUCACGGUUCAGAGUGUGUUCUACGGAGGACUGGGACUAUGGAUAUUCGUUAUUGACUUUUUUGCGGACGAGAGUAGAUCGCUGGAUCAAAUAUUUUCAUAUGAGCUUCUAGACUUCAGAUCAUCCCGAGGAAGACUUAUGAUGGCAGCAUAUGUACUAAAUGCACUUACAGGGGCUUUAGGACUUUUAUUCAUAGUAGGAAGAGCAAAACAGUGUGUAGACUUCACAACUACAGCACAUCUCUUCAACUUCAUAGGCUGCUGGAUCUACAACCAACAUUUUCCCACCUCCUUAGUGUGGUGGCUCCUGAACAUUGUGUGCAUAGCCCUCAUGGCUGUCAUCGGGGAGUUCCUCUGCAUGAGAAAAGAAAUGCAAGCCAUUCCUGUUAGCAUAGGUCAGAAGGUAGACCUAUGACAUAUCCAACAAGCGGACCCUUUUUGUGGCAGACUUUGUGAAAUAAAACUCUACACAAUAUCUGUUUCUGUGUCUGAUGGACAACAGCUUCAAAUGAAAGAUAAAGGACAAGUACAGCCAACACAGAUGAAAGCUUUGCGGAAGAACAUAGAAAUGGACCUCCUCUCUCCUCCCUACUUGGCACAGUUCAUAUGCUCAAUAAAACAGACUGAAAACCUUUUCCUGGAUGUUUUUACUGCUACUCCUAUGUGUUAAAUUUGAUGCUCAGGGGUGUUACUACUUGUACCAUGUUUUUUUUUCAUGUACUGUUGUGUCAUUAAACGUGGUAGAUGGUAAUAGAGAGUUACUGCAACAAGUAAAAAGCACUUGCUUAUUCUUUUCACAUCUUUAGACAUUCUAUGAUUAUUUUACAUUCGUUCAGCUGUAUUCCGCUGGUAUGGUUCAGAAAUUUCAACAGUAAUGAGUUGAACUUGCCCACAAAGUGUCCAUGAGAAAGAAAGGAAUAUUGCAAUUAAAAGUGGGAGUGUGGACAAGCUGUGUAGUAUCAUGUGCCACACCCAUUUGUACUUGAGCACUGUAUUUGUAUAAAUAACCAAUCCUCCCAUAUAUUGAGGAUAUGUUUUGUAAAGUUAUCAAAUAUGAUGUACAGAGAGUGUAUAUAUAUCUAACAAAGUACAGAACACAAUGCAAAGGGUCCUUCAGUGAGAUAGUCAAGCUUUGAAAUUGGCCCACAGUAGUAUGUUCAAGAAUAUAUGAAUGGUUGGAUGCCAACAAACAAAUGAAGGACCUGUUUAUAUCCAUGUCUGUACAUGUGUAUGGAAUCAGUAGGUAUUGAUAGCUUGGUUCCUGUACAGGUUGAAAUAAAUA